CCUACUUUCAAAAAAGUUGAAGUGAAGUCACAUUUUUGACAUUAGUUUGACAACUUAUUGAUAUUUCCUUGGAAAUCUUCAAGAAUUAACAUUCGAUUAAAAGGAAAGGUUAUCGGAGCAUGUGUUGAUCAUACGUCUUUAGGGAUAGCGAUCUGUAAAUUAUACUGAACUAGUUUUUAGGUAGUUGAUGCUCCUAACAACUAUGCUUAAAUUGGAGGGAAAAUUGUGUGGUUCUCAUGCUGACUCGGUUCUUUGUGUAUCGGGGAGCAGGGAUGAGGCCAAAGUUGCUAGUGGCGGAGAGAAUGGAGAAUUGACCUUGUGGGAUUUGGCAACUCAGUCCACCAUUGGCAAAUGUAGUGGGAUUCCAGGUGAGAAUGAUGUGAACAGUGUCCUGUGGGCCAAGGAUUCCAGUAGCUUGCUAUAUGCAUCAUCUGGCAAUGUGAUAUACCAGUAUGACACUAGAGAUCUCUCUACUCCCGCAUCACAAUUACAGGUCAAUGAAGAAGAGAUCAACCAGAUCGACAUAAAUGCAGCGGGAAAUCAUCUGGCGUCAUGUGACGAUUCAGGUCAAGUGAAGAUCGUUGAUUUACAAGGCCAACGCGUCCUUAAAACAUUGAGGAAACACUCAAAUAUCUGUGCCGCUGUUAAGUUUAGUACUCACAAUGCUGCCCAUGUACUCACAGGUGGGUACGAUAAUUAUAUGGUGCUAUGGGAUUACAUGCGCCUGAAACAGCUUUCACUACAAAAUAUGCAGGAUUAUAAAGCAGUGCAGAACCCGAAUGCUAGCUACAUGAUUAACCCACCAUUCGUCCACUCUAUCGCCACAGUUAAUGCAGAGAAGAUUAACAUUGUGGCCAAUGGAUGUGAAAACGGAACAAUUCAGCUGUUUGAAUCUAGAAACAGAGGAAUAGAACAUUUAAUCACUAUUCAAGGUCAUACACAGGGUGUGUCGCAAGUGCUAUUUAUGGAACACCCAGAGUCGGGGCAGCCACCAUUUUUAUGUAGCGGUGGAAAUGAUUCAACAAUCCAUCUCUGGGACGUACACGAUAUUUGUACAUUAGAGGCAGAAAAACAUCAUAUGGAGGCAAAAAAAUCAAGACGUGCUAAACCCAGAGUUAAAUCUCAUAGAAAAACGUCUGCCCCAAAGUCUGCAGAUGUGGCGUCUCAUGAACCACUAGAAGAAACUGAAGAUGAAACCAAGGAGGCAGUUUGUACUGCUUCAUAUUCUCAAAAUCAUGGACAUAAAGUGAACUGGAUGGAUUCCAUUAGACUUGGUGAUCAGACCCAUCUUUUGGUAGCUGAUGAAACUAAUGUGAUUACAUUUUAUAAAUCAUGCGUUGCCUAAUGCUAAUGCAUUUUACACUAAUAAAAAAUAAUUUGUAUAUUGAUAAUAUUGUAUAUGUAUUGUAAAUAAUGACACAUAGAAAAGUUGAACUCUUAUUCAAUGUGUAGACAUCUAGUAUGGAGGAAGUGUCUUUUCAAGGUUUUUAAAGGGAAUAGAAGGAUUAGAAGUGAGCUGAGAGUAAGUUUUGACAGAAUUGUCAUAUUUUACUUUAUUCUUUUAAAGACAUCCUCUUUAUUUUCUGCUUCUUAAAUCUUCAAUAACUUUCAAAUCCUUUUUUAUGAGAUAUCUUAAAUUUUACAUUCUGAAAAAUUGAGCCUUGGGACUCCCAAUUCCUUGAAGGUGUGACAAUCCAAAAAUUUGCAUGAGAUGUGCCGGCAUCCAGUGUUCAUUUUAGGAAACAAUGCCUGAAAUAGAAAGUCAAUUGUGGAUAUGUGUAAAAUCUUUAGAGAAAUACAUAUUCUGACUUUCAACCUAAAAUAUUGAUGUGUAGUCCAAUUGUGACUUAGUUUGAUGAUCUCGACCUUUGACCUUGCAAAUUUUA